AUGGUUGAGACUACCGGCAUUGCACGCUUCCAUCAGAUCUCGCAGAACAAGGUGGCAGUGCUGCUCCUGGCUGGAGGACAAGGAACUCGUCUGGGAGUGAGCUACCCCAAGGGCAUGUACAAUGUGGGGUUGCCCAGUGGCAAGACUUUGUAUCAGAUCCAAGCAGAAAGAAUCCGCAAAGUGGAGCAGCUCGCUGGCCAGAGACACCACUGCAAGUGUGCCAUCCCCUGGUACAUCAUGACAAGUGAGUUCACGCUGGGGCCGACAGAGGACUUCUUUGUAGAGCACAACUACUUCAACCUGGAUAGAUCCAAUGUGGUCAUGUUUGAACAGAGGAUGCUGCCUGCUGUCACCUUUGAUGGGAAGGCCAUCUUGGAGGAGAAGGGGAAAAUUGCUAUGGCUCCAGAUGGCAAUGGUGGCUUAUACCGUGCUUUGGUAGAUAAUAAGAUCUUGGAUGACAUGAAGCAGCGUGGAAUCCAGUAUGUCCAUGUAUACUGUGUGGACAAUAUCCUUGUGAAAAUGGCAGAUCCGGUCUUCAUAGGCUUCUGUGUUUCCAAAAGGGCAGAUUGUGGUGCAAAGGUGGUGGAGAAGGCCUACCCCACAGAGCCUGUCGGGGUGGUGUGCUCUGUGGAUGGCGUCUACCAGGUGGUGGAGUACAGUGAGAUCAGCCUGGAGACUGCGCAGCAGCAGAGCCCCGAUGGGGGGCUGAUGUACAGCGCUGGCAAUAUCUGCAACCAUUUCUUCACAGUUGAGUUCCUGGAGAUGGUGGCCCAGAAAUAUGAGCCGCAGCUGAGGCAUCAUGUAGCCAUAAAGAAGGUGCCCUACAUUGACGAGGAGGGAAAUCUGGUAAAACCGCUAAAACCGAACGGGAUAAAGCUGGAGAAGUUUGUGUUUGAUGUGUUCCCGUUCUCUAAGAAUUUUGUGGUGUUUGAGGUUUUGAGAGAAGAGGAGUUCUCGCCACUAAAAAACAUGGACACAGCUGACAAAGACACUCCUACCACUGCUCGGCAAGCCCUCCUGGCCCAGCAUUACCGCUGGGCUCUCAAGGCUGGGGCCAGAUUUCUGGAUGAAAAUGGUUGCAGGAUACCAGAGAAACUCAGUCUCUCGGAAACUGAAGAUCCUCCUGCUGUGUGUGAGAUUUCUCCAUUAGUGUCUUACUUUGGAGAGGGUCUGGAGGCGUACAUGAAGAACAAAGACUUCCCUUCUCCCUUUGUACUCAAUGAAAACAAAGCGGAAACACUAGGAAAUUCUUGA